AUGCCUGGGGAGGAUGCCAAUACGUGUGAGAGUCACAACAGGACAAGCAGGACAGCGGAAACUUACCAGACUCAAAGUGAUCCUUGUAUUUCUCCCCCGAAAACCACCCGCAGUAAGACAUCUUCGACCCUUGUUUUUGUCGCCUUCGCAGUGCUGCUGCUGACUCAGCGGAAGUCGUCUCACGACCUUAUCCUUUGCGCAUGCGUGGUAACACCCCUUUUCCUAACUGCACAUGGCGGAUUGGUAAAGACACAAGUCAUGGUGCGUAUGAGUGUGCUGAACGACGCCCUGCGGGCAAUCUGCAACGCGGAGAAGAGGGGGAAGCGACAGGUUCUCCUGAGGCCCUGCUCAAAGGUUCUGGUCAAGUUUCUCACUGUCAUGAUGAAACACGGCUACAUUGGUGAGUUUGAGAUCGUGGACGACCACCGAGGAGGCAAGAUUGUCGUCUUCCUAAACGGCCGACUCAACAAGUGCGGAGUCAUCAGUCCACGCUUCGACGUACCAAUUAGUGAAAUUGAGAAAUGGGCCAGGAACCUCUUGCCUUCCAGACAGUUUGGGUAUAUAGUGCUCACCACAUCCUCUGGAAUCAUGGAUCACGAAGAGGCGAGAAGAAAACACACGGGGGGGAAGAUACUGGGCUUCUUCUACUGAAACUGGGCCCCCACACUUUCCUUGUGUAUACCUCUUAGAUUGUGUGUGCCAUAUUAUUUGAAAUGGGAAUUUUCAAAACGAACUGUUCUUCCGCUACUGCAAUCAGUAGCUUAGAGACCACUAUCGAUAGAAAGAUGUGUAAAGUUAUGAUAUUUUAUUAUGGUAUCUG